AUGCAUGUGCUCUUCUGGGGCUUGGGGUUCCUACUAUUCCCUGAUUUCAUGUAUGUAGUCGCAUCUACGGGGAAAUUGCUUUUGAAUUCAAGCACAGUAAAAGAGGAAAUCAGCGUUUAUGAGAUUGCAACACCGGUUCGAGUGAAUGAAGCCGGUGACAAGUUUCCAACCAGUGUGCAUUUCAAGAGGAAAAGACGAAGUGUGGACGAGAGUACCGACAAUUCUACGGAUCACUGGGCCUCGCCAAAUAUCCACUACAGGAUAUCUGCUUUCGGACAGCAUUAUCACCUCAACCUCACGCUGGAUUCGGGAUUUCUCGCACCUCUCUACACUGUGACAGUACUUGGAGUGCCCCAAGGAGAUAACAUAACGGAUUUUGCAACAGAUGGGGAUGAGGAGGAGGAGGACACGGAGUUAAGACACUGCUUCUAUAAAGGACUUGUAAAUGCACAAGCGGAACACGCCGUGGUCAUCAGUUUGUGCUCCGGACUGCUUGGCACUUUUAGGUCUCCAGAAGGGGAGUAUUUUGUGGAGCCCCUACACAGCUAUCAAGGAGAACACUAUGAAGAGGAACACACAAAACCUCAUAUUGUAUACAGAAAGAGUUCACCAAAGAAACAUACAUCUGGGGAGAACUCAUCUUGUGACACUUCAGGACACAAACAGAGACAUAAGAGACACAAGCUUAAGAGAAGGCCAGUGGCUGGGCUGACCACUAUAUCCAAUGCAGCCCCUGUGGUCAGUGCUGGUAUAUUUAAUGACUUGGGGUCACUGAGUGCUGGCCUUGCCAGCGAUGCUUUGCUAAGAUCGGUGAGCGGCAGUGCUACAGCUAGAGCAUCAAAUGAUAGCAGCGGUGACUCAGGACCUCACAGGAGAUCAAAGCGCUUCCUCUCCUACCCGCGCUUCGUUGAAGUCAUGCUGGUGGCCGACAGCAAAAUGGUGGAACAUCAUGGCAGCAACCUACAGCACUACAUACUCACAUUAAUGUCCAUAGUAUCUUCAAUCUACAAGGACCCUAGCAUUGGCAACCUGAUUAACAUUGUGAUUGUAAAGUUAGUCAUAUUAAACAACGAGCUGGAUGGCCCGGUCAUUUCAUUUAAUGCACAGACCACUUUAAAGAACUUCUGCAUUUGGCAGCAGAGCCAGAACAUUCUGGAUGAUAACCACCAUUCCCAUCACGACACUGCCAUCCUAAUCACCAGGCAGGACAUCUGCAGAGCAAGGGACAAGUGUGACACCUUAGGACUUGCAGAGUUGGGGACAGUGUGUGAUCCAUACAGGAGUUGCAGCAUCAGCGAGGACAAUGGUCUCAGCACCGCAUUCACCAUCGCCCAUGAACUUGGCCAUGUGUUCAACAUGCCUCAUGACGACAGUAACAAAUGUAAGGAGGACGGAGUUAAGAUUCAGCAACAUGUGAUGGCUCCCACACUUAACUACAACACAAACCCUUGGAUGUGGUCCAAGUGUAGCAGGAAGUACAUCACAGAGUUCCUUGACACAGGAUAUGGUGAGUGCUUGCUUGACGAGCCCGUUUCUAGGCCAUACAGUCUCUCGCAGCAGCUGCCUGGAUGGAUAUACAAUGUCAAUAAACAGUGUGAAUUGAUAUUUGGGCAGGGAACGCAGGUGUGCCCUUAUAUGACCCAGUGCCGGAGGCUGUGGUGCACCAGUCCAGAGGGCGCUCAGCGGGGCUGCAGGACCCAGCACAUGCCGUGGGCAGAUGGCACUGACUGCUCUCUUGGAAAGCACUGCAAACACGGCCUGUGUAUAACCAAAGAGCAUGACGCCACACCUGUGGAGGGGGCAUGGGGAGUUUGGAGCCCUUUUGGUACCUGUUCGCGGACAUGUGGCGGGGGCAUCAAGAUCGCUGUGCGCGAAUGCAACCGACCUGUGCCAAGGAAUGGAGGAAUGUAUUGCGUGGGUCGCCGAAUGAAGUUUCGUUCCUGUAAUUCUGAGCCCUGCUCCAAGCAGAAGAAGGAUUUCAGGGAGGAGCAAUGUGCAGCUUUUGAUGGCAGGCACUUUAACAUCAACGGUCUACCUCCUAAUGUUCGCUGGGUGCCCAAGUACAGCGGAAUCCUGAUGAAGGACAGAUGUAAGCUGUUCUGCAGGGUGGCCGGCAGCACGGCCUACUAUCAGCUCAGGGACCGGGUCAUUGAUGGCACGCCGUGUGGACCUGAUACCAACGACAUCUGUGUCCAGGGCCUGUGCAGGCAAGCAGGCUGUGACCAUGUCUUGAACUCUAAAGCCAGGAGGGACAAGUGUGGUGUGUGCGGAGGUGACAACUCUUCCUGCAAAACUGUGGCUGGCACCUUCAACAUCGUCCACUAUGGAUAUAAUGAAGUAGUGCGAAUACCCAGUGGUGCUACAAAUGUAGAUGUGCGGCAACACAGCUACUCAGGGAAACCGGAGGAUGACAACUACCUCUCCAUAUCAAAUAGCCGUGGAGAGUUCCUGCUUAAUGGAGAGUUUGUGGUCAGCAUGUUCAAAAGGGAAAUCAAAGUAGGAAAUGCCAUCAUUGAGUACAGUGGCUCUGACCAUGUCAUUGAGAGGAUCAACUGUACUGAACGCAUCGAGGAGGAGGUCAUUGUCCAGGUGCUGUCUGUCGGGAACCUUUACAACCCAGAUGUCAGGUACUCCUUUAACAUCCCCAUAGAAGACAAACCUCAGCAGUUCCUCUGGGAUUCCUAUGGGCCCUGGCAGGAGUGCAGCCGCCUGUGCCAAGGAGAGCGCAAACGGAAGAUUCUCUGUAGCAGAGAGUCAGACAGGGUUGUGGUGUCAGACCAGAGGUGUCACGGUACUGCUAGACCUGCUGUCAUCACUGAACCCUGUAACACUGAAUGUGAACUCAGGUGGCAUGUGGCUCGUAUGAGUGAGUGCACAGCUCAGUGCGGCCCGGGAUAUCGUACCCUGGAAAUAUACUGUGCCAAAAUCAGCCGAACCGAUGGUAAAACUCAGAAGGUUGAUGACCGCUAUUGUAGCGGUCAGCGCAAACCUGAUGACAAGGAAGGUUGCCAUGGGGACUGUAACCCGGGUGGCUGGGAGUACUCCCCUUGGUCGGAGUGCUCCAAAAGCUGUGGUGGGGGCACCCGCCGUCGAGGGGCAGUGUGUCGAAAGGCAGCCGAUGCUGGCGGGGAUGAGAGCAAAUGCAGUCAAAGGGACAAGAUGACCGUCCAACCCUGUAAUGAAUUCCUCUGUCCACAAUGGAAGACUGGCGACUGGUCUGAGUGUCUUGUGACGUGCGGGAAAGGCUAUAAGCAUCGUCAGAUGUGGUGUCAGUUUGGUGAGGACCGUUUAGACGACGGCUUUUGUGGCUCAUCUAAACCUGAGUCGGUGCAGAUGUGCCAACAGCAAGAGUGUGCCUCUUGGCAGGUGGGACCCUGGGGGCAGUGCACUACCUCGUGUGGGCCAGGCUACCAGAUGCGAGCCGUGAAGUGUGUAGUUGGCUCUUAUGGUGCUGUCAUGGAUGAUACUGAAUGUAAUGCUGCGACCAGACCCACUGAUACCCAGGACUGUGAACUGGCCCAGUGUCCCAGCAGCCACCCUGUUCCCCCAGGGACUAAAAUCCCCUACAACCAGAGCCACAAAACCCAGUGGCGGUUUGGUUCCUGGACCCAGUGCAGUGCCAGCUGUGGCAAAGGGACACGUAUGCGCUAUGUGAGUUGCCGGGACAAUCAGGGUGGUGUGGCAGAGGAGUCAGCGUGCGCACAUCUAUCAAAACCCCUUGCCAGAGAAGUGUGCUCAGUUGUGGCCUGUGGACAGUGGAAAGUGCUGGAAUGGACAGUGUGUUCAGUAACCUGUGGCCAGGGAAAGACGACACGGCAGGUACUGUGCGUCAACUUCAGUGACCAAGAAGUGAAUGCUAUUGAGUGUGACCCAGACGAUCGUCCUACCACAGAUCAGGACUGUGCUAUGUCUCAAUGCCCGUCCCGCUCCAGUGAGUCCCGACCUUUCCCGUCCUCACCAAAUGCCAGUGCCAGGAAUAACCUGCCUCGCAGCCAAUCCCACCAAUGGCGGACUGGACCCUGGGGUGCGUGCUCCAGCACAUGUGCAGGAGGUUUCCAGCGGCGUGUAGUAGUGUGCCAGGAUGAGAAUGGCUACCCUGCCAACAGCUGUGAGGAUCGCAGCCGGCCCAAUGAGCAACGAUCCUGUGAGUCGGGGCCAUGUCCUCAGUGGAUCUAUGGCAACUGGGGAGAGUGUACCAAGCCAUGUGGAGGGGGGAUAAAGACAAGGCUGGUGGUGUGUCAGCGUCCAAACGGCGAGCGUUUCAAUGAUCUGAGCUGCGAGAUCCACGACAAGCCACCAGAUCGUGAGCAGUGCAAUACUCAGCCAUGCCCGUCUAGCCCCCACUGGAGCACAGACCCAUGGAGCUCGUGCUCUGCCUCCUGUGGAAGAGGGUUCAAGUACCGUAAGGUGGGCUGUCUGACAGGGUCAGGCCGCCCUGUCCCAGAAGAAAAUUGCCUGCAUCUGGCCCCUAAACCCAGCAAGCAGAGGCGUUGCAGAGGUGGUCAAUGUCCAAAGUGGAAGACUGGCAACUGGGGCGAGUGUUCAGCAUCGUGUGGCGACGGCAUCCAGCGACGGGAGGUGCUCUGCCAGGACGGAGCCCGACGGAGCCCGCUGGAGACCGGCUGUUCUCAGCGCUCCAGACCGGCGUCCAGCCAGAGCUGCCGGGUCGCUGACUGCCCGUCUCGGUACCGGUGGAGAGAAGGAGACUGGCAUACGUGCAGUAAGUCGUGUGGAGCAGGCCACCGCCAACGAGCCUUGCAGUGUGUGGACCACGACCAGCAGGAGGUCCAUGAGAUCUACUGUGUGAACCAGAUCAGACCUCCAGACAUAGAGAGCUGUAACACCAAUGCCUGUGAAUUGAUCUGGAUCACAGGGGAAUGGACUGAGUGCUCAGCCAGCUGUGGUCAGGGCUACCGCCAGCGUCUGAUCUACUGCAGCGAGGUGCAUGUGGAGAAUGACAACUAUGAGUACAGCCAUCAGUCUUUGUCCAACUGCCCUGGCACCCCUCCUGAAAGCUACAUGCCUUGUAAUUUGGACCCAUGCCUGCCACCACAGGAGUGGAGAGUUGGAAUCUGGCAACUGUGUUCAGUGAGCUGUGGUGACGGAGUGGUGGAGAGGACAGUGCAGUGUGUGUCAGAAGAUGGUCAGGAAAGCAAUAGGUGUCCUAAAGAGGCCAUGCCAGAGGCCAGGAAAGUGUGCAGAAAUCCAAGCUGCCAUUUGCCUUCCAGCUGUCAAGAAGUCCAGAGCAUGAACGGGCCCCUCCUAGACAGCGAACACGUCCUCAAUAUUCAAGGAAAAGCGCUCAAGGUCUACUGUGCAGGAAUGCAGACAGAGACUCCACAGGAGUACAUCACCUUGAUAACAGGGGAAGGAGAGAAUUUUUCAGAGAUAUUUGGCUUCAGACUCAACGACCCCACUCAGUGUCCAGCCAAUGACUCCAGAAGAGAGGAUUGUGACUGUCGGAGAGACUACACUGCUGCCGGCAUCACCAUGUUCUCCAGAGUCCGCCUGGACCUCAGCAAGAUGAACAUCAUCACUACAGAUUGGCAGUUUUCUGUCACCCGUGAAGGCAAGAGUGUUCCGUUUGCUACAGCUGGAGACUGCUACAGCGCUGCACGUUGUCCACAGGGGCGAUUCAGGAUCAACCUCUCAGGAACAGGUUUUAAGGUGGCUAAGGACUCCUCGUGGAUCUCCCAGGGCAACUUUGCAGUGGCUGAUGUACAAAAAUCACAGGAUGGCAGCAAAGUGUCAGGAAUGUGUGGAGGCUACUGUGGUAAAUGUACACCGUCCUCUGGCUCCAGUCUGCCUGUGACAGUGGAGUAGAUAUAAAACCAUCAAACAGCACUUCCAUUCAUCUUGGCAGUCGUCUUCAGGUUGUAAUUGUAAUCAAGAUAUCCCUUCUCUUUGGUGCUACAGCCAAUUCAGAGCUCAAACCGGCCCUGACCUAUUUUACUCCCAUGUGUAUAUAGUGUAAAUGGCUCUUCUGUAAGUACUGUACAUAGACAUGUCUUAUUUAUUGUACACUCCAUGUAUUUUUGUAUUGUCAUAUAAUUUAACUGUUUUGUUGUCAAUAGCGAACACCACACAGUUUCCAUUUAUCAUAUUUUUGCCAGAAUGUAUCUUCCAAUUUGGAUAUUUCCCAUUUGGACCUUCUAGUACUAACAUUACUCUGCACAACACGUCACUGUCAUAAUUUCUUUUUUAGACCAAUGUAUUAAGUAACAAUGCUAUUGUUGUGUGAUGGUCACCAGGCUGUUAAUAGUCAGUGUGGUGUCUCCGAUAAGUGAGUCUUUUUUUUAACCCUUAACACUUAACACCCUUAACAGCCAGACUAGCGGACACAUGCACAGAUACGCACCAGCAUUGUCCUGUUUUAUAGUGAAAUGUAAGUUUAGUGAAUUUGCCACUCAGACGUUACCAGUUAGUCCAGUUAUCCUUCUAGUUUUUGUGGGCAACUCUUGCUGUAAUUUCAUCCAGCUACUUCCAAUUAAUAAGCUAAUGUUCUUUGUGGCAGUCUACAACACUCAGUGCCUUGCUCAUUAGCACACUUCUCCUCUUGGUAUGUUUGAGCUGUUGUAUUUAUAGCCAAUCACAUUUGUUAGUGUGUAUUGCAAAUCAACUGGAUUGUGGUCAGACUGGAGUAUAGUGUAAAUCUAAUUAUGUUUAGAUUAGAAAGAUCCAAUCAUGGUUUUGUCUGAGAUAAAAGUAAACCAUCACAGCUGCAACCGCUUUGCAGUAAGAGAACAGAAAGUAUAGGAGAGCAACUGUGAGGCAGUUGAAAGGUAUAAUAAUAAUGGAUGUUCCUAGAAUGAGUUGGUGUGGAGGUGGGAUUUACAGGCCAGACUGGAGGAAGUGAGACCCAUACACAAACAUAUUGUACACACACAAACACAUUGGAAUACAUUACUGGAUGACUGAAGAAGGUUGUUGGUUGCAAUAACUGUCGAGAUUGUGCUGCCAGACAUCAGAGAGAACCAAAUUCCUCUGUGUUGUUGCGUGUCUCACAGUUAGCGUGCAGUGACCAACGGGCACCAUUAGCCUUUAGCUUUUACAAAAAAGACAGGUUAUCUUAUCUGGAGUAACUUGAAAGAAAGACUUUAGGCCAAUAAAAUCCCAGUAGAUACUCCAGAGAUUUAAUGCACUGGUCUGGCCCUGGAGACAUUUCUCAUAUUGUUGAGCCCACAGGCCCCGCAGCAUGAUUUUUGUCCAGAUGCUGCCUGUAAACCAUUGCCUUUUAUACCUCAAAUUCUUCUCUCCUUUUCUUUUUUCAAAGAUCUAGCCAAACUGUACAUACUGAAUGCUCCUUGUUUUUGUGACAAUAUCAGGUUACCUUUUGUGUAUAGGUAUAUUUUUGUAUCUCUUUAGUCAGGUGUAUGCAGUUUUGUGAGCAAAUAUUGAAAGACACAAGAAAAAUUCAGACAGAUUGGAGGAAAUAACAAAAAACAAUAAUUUUAUGUUCUUAAAGCCAUAGCUGUGCGUAUAGUAGAUUUGCAGGGGGCAUACUUUAUGUACAACCUUUUGAAGAAGCCAUAUUUUCUUUAGUAAACCUUUCUGUAAAUGGUGCUAUUUCAGUGCCUUACUGUACAUGAUAAUGUGCACUCUUCAGCUAAAGGGAAUUUAACAGUCAUAACCUGCCUCUAUACAAAUAUGAAAUUAUCUUUAAAGACACAGGGAAGUAAACAUUUGUGUCUCACAGUCAGUUGCAACUGAUCAAUGCACUUCUCAUUGUGAAUGUCAGACUUUAGUACAGUCAAGAGAUUUCUCAGGUGUCAUAUAUAAAGGGAUUGUUAGGAUAUUUAAUUGUAUUUAUCUUAUUUUACACAUUUGCCACAUAUUAAUCAGGUAAUUGAAAAUGUAUUGUUGAAGUUUAACCAAGUAAAGUGUCAUUAUGUAUGCUUUAUUUUAUAUGCAAAUAUUUAUUUUACCUUUUUUAUGUGAAUGUACAUAGGCUAUGACCAUUAGUGACAAAGAAUUACCAUUCAGUAUUGCCAAAACAUUUCCUGUUUUGUAAAUACAUUUAUUCAUAAGUAGGGCUAUGUCAUAAUUGCAUAGACUGUAUAAGCAGAGUUUGGUGCCGCUAUGAGAAAAGCAUGAUUAUAAAUAAGACCAGAUAAGCAAUGAUAUAAAAUAUAAAUAAAUAAAAAUGCCUGAUAUGUGUCAUGUUUGCCUGUCUGCUUUUCACACUAAUAAAUCAUUUAUACUCCACUUCAUCCUCGAUGUAUUAUCCAACUACAACACUGGCUGUAAAAAUAUGAUAAAUAGUCAGACCAUUACCUUCUCGUUCCACGCUGCUACUGCCUAAUUAUGAUUACAC